AUGAGUUCCAAACAAGAACUAACAAUUUUAAAAGGUAAAAGAGAUCAAUAUAGACGCUCUUUGGCUAGAAUAAACGAGUUUGUUUGUCAACAAAAUGAUGGUGAUAUCACAGAUAUAGUGAGCCAACAACUUAUUGUAAGACGAGAAAAAUCUGAUGAUCUCUUAAUUAAGUAUUCAGAUAUUGAUGCGGAAAUUAAAACAUUCGAUAAGAAAGAUCAAGACCAAAUUGAGUCUUUUGAGGAGUUGUACUAUAAUGUACAAUCUAAAAUUAAUGUUUUAAUUUCCAAAUCGAAUUUAGGUCAGGCUAAGACACCAGGUGUAGAUUGUGACAAGAGCAGAAAUUCAGAUUGGAGUCAGGGUAUGCCUUCGACAAGGUUGCCUUACGUUAAUAUUCCUGCGUUUAAUGGUGUAAACUUAGAUGAUUAUAAACCAUUUCAAAAUCUAUUUUUAGCUAUAAUUCACAAAAACAAAUGUUUAUCUGAGGUAGAGAAGCUGUUUUAUUUGAGAUCGUAUCUAAAAGGUGAAGCUUUGGCUUUAAUAAGCAAUUUAGAGCUAACUGAUGAGUCAUACAAAGAGGCUUUAAAAUUGUUGGAUGAAAGAUACAACAAUGAAGCAUUAUUGGUAAGUAGUCACAUCUAUAAAAUUUUAGAUAUGCCACCAGUAGUAAAGGGGACUAGUUCUAGUCUAAGAGAAUUUGUUUCUCUUAUAAAACAGCAAGUGACUGCUCUGAAAAAUCUAGGCGAACCAACUGAUGCUUGGAAUUCUCUGUUGGUAUGUUUGCUUUCUAGAAAACUGGAUUCACACACUAAUAAAUGUUUUCAACUUGACAGAGACAAUUCCAAGUUAUCAACCCUUAAUGAGUUCUUGCAAUAUCUAGAAAAUAGGGCCUUAGCUUUGGAGUCAGUCACAACAGCAGCUGAUAAUGUCAGUCGACAAAAAGUAAAAGUUUCUCAUGUUACUGUAAAUAAUAAAAGUGACAAAAAAUGUAAGUUUUGUCUUACUCUUGGCCAUAAGCUAUACCAAUGUCAAAACUUUAAAUUGGAAAGCUAUAAAUCAGAUUUCAUUUUAAAAAACAAAAUAUGUAUAGUGUGCCUAAAUGCUCAUUCAGGCAAAUGUAGAUUUAAAUUUAAAUGUCAAAUUUGUUCUAGUUCAGAGCACAAUUCUAUUUUGUGCAAUACUAAUAAUGUAGUGCAACAUAAGGUAGGGUUAGUAGGAAGAAUCCCCAAUACCACAGUGCUUUUACCAACAGUAAAAUUUAGAGUCAAAACAAAAGACAAUCAAUAUUCAAUAGUCAGAGGACUUAUUGAUUCUGGGUCAGAAGUGUCUCUUAUAACACAACAGUUGGCAAAACAGUUAGGGCAUAGUAUUGAUGCUUCACAAAUGACUUUGGUAGGUGUCACAAAUGGUGCCAAAAGUAUCACAGAAUCGGUUACAAUAAAAAUUGAGUCAUGUAUUUAUAAUUUUAGUAUGGAAGUUACUUGCCAUAUUAUAGACAAUAUUACAUGUAUGUUACCACAUUUGCAAUUUGAAAGUAGUAAGCUUAUCCCUAGUACCGUGCAGUUGUCAGAUAAUGCAUUUAAUACUCCUGGAACUAUCGACGUUUUGUUAGGGGCUAAUAUUUUCUUUAGCAUAUUGCUUACUGGUACUAUAAAGUUAGGUUGUAACAAUUUAGUAUUGCAAAACACAUUUUUGGGUUAUGUUGUCAGUGGAGAAAUUCCUGAGGUGGUAAAAAAUAAAUUUAUGUGCAAUAAUGCAGUCAGCUUGUGUAUACAAAAUAACACCAGUAGCGUAGAUGUUAGUUCAAAUCUAGAAAAUAUAAUUUCAAAAUUUUGGGAGUGUGAGCGAGUACCACAAGUCAUAGUGGAGUAUGAUAACGAUCAAGCUGCUUGUGAGCAAAGUUUUAGGAAUUCAGUGUGUAGAAUAAAUAAUCGUUUUCAAGUAGAAUUGCCUUUAAAGAAAAAUGCUGAAAGCUUGAAUAUUGGUGAUACUUUUUCAGUAGCACACAGUAGAUUUUUAAAUCUAGAAAAGAGACUUCACGUUAAUCCUGAAUUGUUUGGGUCAUACAAACAGUUCAUUGAUGAAUAUGUGGCCUUAGGCCAUGCAAAAAUUCUGAAUUUGGGUGAAAUUGAUGUUAACAAUCCAAAAGAUGCCAUUGAAACUCAAAGGCAACUAAUUUCAAUUUUAAACCUAGGAUCAUUCAAAUUGCAUAAAUGGUCAUCAAAUUCAGAAACAAUUCUAAAAGAAAUUCCCACUCAUCUGCAACAUUUGGAUGAUAAGGAUUUCUCGAGGGAUUUCUCUCAAAACAAUUUUGUUAUUAAAGCACUUGGACUUGAGUACAAUGUUAGAACAGAUAAUUUUGAAAUCUCAGUGCCAAGAACUAAUUUUGAAACAUGUGUCACAAAAAGGCAAAUCCUUAGUGCUAUUUCAAAACUUUGGGAUCCAAUGGGUAUUUGUGGACCUAUUUUAGUAGAAUCCAAACUAAUAAUGCAGAAACUAUGGUUAGCUAAAUUAAAAUGGGAUGAAGUAGUUUCUGAUGAGUUAUUAGAUUUAUGGAAAAAAUUUUCCAGUGAGCUUGCUCAAAUGGAAAAAAUUAUUUUACCAAGGAAUUUAAAGUUCACAGGGGCAUCUAGUAUAUCUCUUAUUGGAUUUUGUGACUCUAGUAUUUAUGCCUAUGGUGCAGUAAUAUAUACACAGACUAUAAAAGAUGAAAAAAUUCAUAUUAAUCUUUUGUGUUCGAAGUCACGAAUUGCACCAAUCAACAAAAAACUCUCCAUUCCUCGCCUUGAGUUAAAUAGUGCUCUUUUACUGAGUAACCUGAUUAAUAAAAUUUUUCUGUUAUUGAAAAAUGAAGUUUCAAAAGUAUAUUUAUAUUCUGACUCGAAUAUUGUAUUAGCAUGGAUAAAAAAUGACCCAAUUAAUUUAAAUCCCUAUGUUGCUAAUAGAAUAACUAAAAUCCAAAGUUUAACGAGGGAUUUUAAAUGGGGUUAUGUUCCAUCAAAACAAAAUCCUGCGGAUUGUCUGAGCAGAGGAGUGUCCCCACUAGACUUGAAGUUGGAUUCAAUUUGGUUUACAGGACCAGAUUUUGUAAAAAAUAAUGACAUCUCAUUGAAUUUGUCCAAAAUUCCUCAAUUGAAAGGACCUCUUCCAGAACAAAAGAAAAAAGUAAUGGUUGUAAAUGUUCAAGAAUCGAAAACUUUUUUCACAGACUUUUCUAAUUUGUGUAGAUUACAACGAGUGACUGCAUACAUUUUGAGAUUUGCUUACAACCUUUAA